CAUCCAACAACUGAUCCGUUUCUCAUAUUUUACGUUUUCCUCUGCUCCUCGCGCACCAACCCACAGAAAGUAGUUAAAGGAGCGGUUUGUCAGAAACAGAGUUAUAAUAAAGCAGACUGCAGAGGGGACUGAGGUGGUCUGAGGAAAAGCAGAGGGGGCGGAGGAGAGAGACAGCUUCAGGUGACCGAAUUGCAAUGGAGAAGCGCGGCAUGCAUGAUUAGGAUUCAUCGUCAGUGGGAGUGCUGGUGCCUUGGAUUAUAAACGUGACAAACCCGCAGAAGUGACUGCGGUUGUCUUUGUUUAGUUCACUUCACGGAUUUAUUCCCUUUUCUUUAAAGAGAAAACAAUGAAUGUAUCGCCUGCAGAGCGGAGGAAAAACAUGCGGGAGCUGGCUUUGGAGAUUGGCAUCCGAGUUCUGCUCUUUGGAGUUUUUGUGUUCACUGAAUUUCUGGAACCCUUUGAGAGAGUUAUUCAACCGGAGGAGCUUUGGCUCUACAAGAAUCCUCUGGUGGAGUCCGACCAUAUUCCUAAAAGGGUUAUGUUUGCAAUUUCCUUCCUUACGCCACUGGCGGUGAUUUUUGUUGUAAAGAUUAUUCAGCGGACGGACAAGACAGAGAUCAAGGAGGCUUGUUUGGCUGUGUCCCUGGCACUUGCUUUAAAUGGAGUCUUCACAAAUACCAUUAAGCUGAUUGUUGGCAGACCAAGGCCAGAUUACUUCCAGCGAUGUUUUCCAGACGGUCAAAUGAAUGCAAAGAUGCUGUGCACUGGAGAGCCGGAGUUGGUCUCAGAAGGACGCAAGAGCUUCCCCAGCAGCCAUUCCUCCUUUGCUUUCUCCGGACUUGGUUUCACCUCCUUCUACUUGGCGGGGAAAUUGCAGUGUUUCACAGAUGGCGGCCGUGGUCGCAGCUGGCGCCUUUGUGCCAUGGUUCUACCUCUUUACAGCGCCAUGAUGAUCGCACUGUCUCGGACGUGCGACUACAAACACCACUGGCAAGAUGCCUUUGUUGGAGGAGUGAUUGGUUUGCUGUUUGCUUACAUCAGCUACCGGCAGCACUACCCACCCUUCCUGCACACGGACUGCCACCUGCCUUAUGCUAGCUUGGCUGCCACCAGAAAAACACCCCCAUCCCACCAGGAUGACCCGCAGCCCAUUGAAAACGCCACCACCCUGCCUAUGGAGGGUUUGACUGAAGGGCCGGUAUGACUAGUGGCCCCCACCGAGACAACCUCCUCCACUCCCACCGAGUCCCCCAGCCCAUCUCAUCGUUCCUAGUGAAUGAUUGGCUUUAAUAUACAUUCCAGGGGACCAACCAUUUCCAAAUGUUAAUUAUUUGUCUCGGUGACAUGCACAUUCUUUUUUUUUUUAUCUGGUUUUUGCUCAGCACUCAGACGUUAAAGUUUAUAUUUAGAUGUAAGAGGAAAGUCAGAAUAUGGAGCAUAUCCUCUGAGAAAGAAGAGAGAAAACAGGAUGAAAAACCUGGGGAUAUGUCAUUUUCAUGGCUCUGAGAAAAGAGAAGAAUUUCUCCACUUUUCUGCGGAAGCUUUUUUUUUUUAUGAGAGGCGUGGUUUUAACGUUUUAUGAUGCUCUAGAUUCAUUUUUCUUGGUGUUGAAAGUUUGAUAUAAAAAAAAAACAAGUCCCAUUGAAUGUCUCUACAGUUAAACCAUAAAAUUAAGUGUUUUCAGCUAAAGGAUUAGUACAGCUAGUUAGAAAUUACAUGAAAGCUACAGGAAAGCAGUGUUUUUGUCUUAAACACAAGGUCUUUCUGCUAACCGGCCCUGCUUUUGUUCAUUUUUCAGUUGCCCAUGGCAACAUAAUGCUAAUCAAAGAAC